UUUAAUUUCUCAAUUUAAGGUGACAGUUCAAGUAAUAAUUCGGGAGACAGUUCAAAACUUUCGGAAUUUUCCUAAAGUUAGGGGAUACGUGUAGCCUGUCCAAUAUGACUCUUGUUUAAUUCAUUUCUGUUUUUAAAAGUUAUACUUUUAUAUCAUGAUGGACGUUACUACGUAGAUAUGGUGGAACAACAUAAUCGAGUGAUUGCUUGCGUACCUAGAAAAUACACUUUGGAGAAUUUAUCAUACUGUCCAACUAAAAUUAUUUUUUGUACAUGUUACUUUCAAUAUAACUCACCCUAAAAAUAUUUACUCUUCCAACACGCCGAGACAGUAACAAAUUGGGAUUUCUUUCAUUUCGACAAAGAUAAUUUUCCCCAUUACUUAAACGUAAAUGAAUCAAAUACUCUCAGGUAUACUAAAAUUUACAAAAGUUGGUAAAGAUGCCUAUUUAAAACAGUUAAAGGGAUUCAGUGAAAAAACAAAACCAUUAGCUGCUAUUAUCUCAUGUGUUGAUUCACGUGUUAUUCCAUCGAAAUUUCUAUGCUCAAAUAUUGGUGAAGUAUUUAUUGAAAGAAAUCCAGGGAAUUUUAUUUGUUGUGAAAAUUCAGCUUUAAGUCAUUUCAGUGAAGUUUGUGUUACACCAGGAUUUUUAGACUUCAUAUUGUUUCGAUGUAAAAUCAAUGAUAUAAUUAUAUGCGGUCAUUCAGACUGUCGAGCAAUGGGUUUAUUGAAUAACUUUAGAAAUUGUAUACAUGAUCAUACAAUUCAUAAAAAUGUCAAUGAAACUGCUGUAACAGAACCAAGUCCCCUAGAAAAAUGGAUAUGGGAGAAUGGGAAGAAAACUUUACAAAAUUAUAAUCCUAAAUCAGGAAUUAUCAGUUUUUCAUCUUCAAUUCAUCCAGGCUGUCCAACACUUGAACUUGAUUUUACAAAAAUUAAUGAAUUAACAGAAGUUGAUAAAUUAUCACAAGCAAAUGUAUUACAACAAAUGAUAAAUAUCUACUCUUAUCAAGUGUUGUUGAGUCAACUUACCCAGAGAAGACUACGUGUGCAUGGUAUGUGGUUCACCUUACACUCAGGUGAUAUACAUUUAUACAGUCGAUUGAAUAAAGCCUUUCUACCAGUUAAUCAAGAGACAAUAUCCUCGCUUACUAAAGAAUUGAACUAGUUUACACAAAUUUGAUCAUAAUUCAUUGCUUAUUCAUUUGCAUAUUAUUAACUGCUUGGAAUGAAUUCUCAACUAAGUUCAGGUUUUAACUGGAUGAUGUUUCAUAAUCAUGCUAGACAGCAUGAUCAGUGUGACAGAUCUUCGUUCACAUUCUGCAUUAAGGGAACUGUCUGCAACUUCCAUAAUAAUAACAAUAAUAAUUAAUUUUUAAUUUUUACGUCAUUUUAUCUCAAUUACUUAUUUUACUCAACUGAAAAUUAUUCCUCUGGAUUUCGUGUUCGCUAAUUAUUCCCACUGCUUGAAUAUCCAGCCUUAUUAUAUUUAUUUCAUCACUUUGAAGUCUGUACGUUCAGGUAUUAUAUAUCUUUCUAGUCAGCUGACGUUUCGAUAUCAUUUGAGACAGUACUGUCAAUACUGUGUUUACAGGAGUAUAUACCUGUAUAUACGCUGAAUUUUCACAGCUAUAUUCAACUUGGUCAUGUGAUAUAUAUUUAUAUUUAUCAACUAAUUGAUUCAGGGCAUAAAUUAUUAUUUCCACCUUUUAUUUAUUAUACUUUGUAUUUUUUAUUUCCAAGAUCUCCAUUGAAAUCUUUCGUUUUUAUAUUAUUUAAUUCGACUGAUUUGAUUUCUAGUCGUGCUUGUCAAACUUUAAUUACCGUUUUUAUUUAGAAAUAUUUAUUUUUACUACUCAAAACUUACUAUUAUGGAAUCUAGUCAAUAAAGUUUUGUAUUGUUUUCAGCAUUCUAUUGUUAUCGUGCUUUCCUGUAUAACGUUUUUGUUGUAUCCUGCUGCUGUCAUUAAUUCCCUUGUAUCACAGCAUGAUAUGCAGCAUUAUGUGAUUUAUUACUGAAUAGACUGUUUUUACCUUUGAGUUCCAUUGACCAUUAUUAUUAUUAUUAUUAUAUUAUACCUCAAUAUACAUUUUGUUGA